ACAGUCUUCCUUUCUAUAUCUGCUAGUGGAAGUUGAGGAUCCAUCCACCAUGGUUACUAAGAAGCCCACGAAGAAGAAGGUUGUGACCGGCAAGAAGAUUGCUGCCGCCCCGCUGGCCCCGAAAAAAGUUGAGGUUAAGAAGGUGGUCAACCCGUUGUUCGAGAAACGUGUUAAGAACUUCGGCAUCGGUCAGAAUGUGCAGCCGAAGCGUGACCUGUCCCGAUUCGUUCGCUGGCCGAAGUACAUUCGCAUUCAGCGCCAGCGUGCUAUCCUGCAGAAGCGUCUGAAGAUUCCACCGCCGAUUAACCAGUUCUCCCAGGCCCUGGAUAAACCCACUGCUCAGCAGCUGCUGAAGCUGCUCGAGAAGUACCGCCCGGAGAACCCGAUCGCUAAGGUACAGCGUCUGAAGGCAAAGGCUGAGGCGAAGGCUGCCGGCAAGGAGGAUGUUGCUCUGCCGAAGAAGCAAAACACCCUCCGCCAGGGCGUCAACACCGUGGUGAAGUUGGUUGAGCAGAAGAAGGCCCAGCUGGUGGUGAUUUCGCACGACGUCGACCCGAUCGAGCUGGUCGUCUACCUGCCCGCGCUCUGCCGCAAGAUGGGUGUCCCGUACUGCGUCAUCAAGGGCAAGUCUCGUCUGGGAACAUUGGUAUACCGCAAGACGUGCACCUGCGUUGCCCUGACUCAGGUGGAGAACUCGGACCGCGCCAACCUGGCCAAGCUGGUCGAGACGAUCAAGACCAACUUCAACGAUCGCUACGAUGAAAUCCGCCGUCACUGGGGAGGUGGUCUGCUCGGACCCAAGAGUAUGGCACGCAUUGCCAAGAUUGAGCGUGCAAAGGCCCGCGAAGCCGUUACGCAGAAGGCUGUCUAAGCAGUCCGAUUUAUAUCGAGUGGAUGCAGGUGAUGGUCUGCAUUGGAAUGGAUAAUAAAUUAAGUUUCUGAAAACGGAGAAAA